UUCUUGGCAGUGGUUGUGCGAAUCAAAAUAUUUGAAACGAUAAUUAUCUGAGAUCACUGACAUUUCACUUAAAGAAGAAAUAUGCUGACUAGGAGCAAGCCGACUUUUAUGAACCAGUCCGAUUAUUAUCAUUUAAAAGGCUAUGCCGGCCACAUUCCUAUGUACAAGUUCCACGGUGUGGGCGAGUCCAUCGGGAAAGUGACGGCGCGUCUGCUGAAGGACCCUGGCGUUCCCCACUCCGACCACUCUCUUCUCAGGAGCAUCCACAAGUCCGAUGAUGGAGAGAAGGAAAGAGAGAAAAAAGCUCUGCUGCAUGCUAGAUCCGAAAGACUGGGACGCUCGGAGAAAUUCAACGAAGGAAUGAUCGCGGGUUAUUCAGGUCAUAUUCCAAGACAUCACCUUUACAAUUGGGGGAAGAGUUUCCCAGAAACGGCCAACGACGCCAUCUCCGAUUUCGAGCGGGAACAAAGGAGAGAGAAGAGUAAAAAAAGAGGAUCAUAUCUACUUGCCAUCGACGGUGCCAAAAUGCAGUAUUUACCCCGUGGUGAAUCUGACCAUACGUUGUCCAACGAGAUUCCAUCAAACAACGGUCUUAAACUGCCGGACGUUCGUCUUAACCUUAGACUUCCUCUAGAGCCGGUACAGGCGGAAGCUGACCCCUACGUCUCUCCUAGGUCUAUGGAGGCCGCCGAACAAUACAACAAGUCCCCCUACCAGAUGGACAACUCGAGUCCGAGGAAAUAUUUUAUGUCCGGUUACAUGGGCCAUGUCCCUCACUCACAAAACAAGGUGGGCAAAUGUUUCUCCUUCCUCAGUCACCAGGCUCUUAACGACUUCACGGACUACAUGACGCACUGGAACAGCGUCAGGCGAGCGCCCGUGAAGCCAGACCGCGAGGUGGCGGGCUCGUGGCCGCAAAGUCCACGCACUACUCCGGCUGUCAUCUACCCCACGAGAACAGGGAUGAUACCUCGUUACGCGGGACACGUGCCAGGAGAAAAAUUCCGGUGUGGGAAAACUUGGUGGGAGAUGACGACAGACACCCUGGAACGCCGCCCGGACUCCGAGAAGAAGAGUAGAACAGGGCCCUCAAAGAAGGAUUUAGAGGCCGUCGUACGGUCCUACACCUUUGCUUAACUCACUGGUUUCUUUGGCAAUUCAGGCCCGUAGCCAGCAAUUUCAAAAGGGCGGUUCUUUUUCUGAAAAAGUGGACCUUAACUAUGAAACCUUCGUGUACCUAGAUGAAAUUUUACCCCGACCCCGAGAUCUUUUCCCCCAGAAAAAAGGGGGGUUCUUUUGAACCCCCGGACUCCCCCUGGCUACGGGCCUGCAAUUAUAAGAAAUACUGACAGGAACAUUCCUGCCAUAGUCUACUAGCAUAACUCAUGACUUUCCCUGCCUUUUCGAAAAGACUUCUACCACUGAUUGAUAAAAAAAGAUCUUCAUCAUUUCCGUGUGUUUUUUUUUUUUUUUUUGAAGAAAGUCACAGUAGAAGAAGGCAAUGAAGUAAGAAUUCAUGACAGAAAGGCUGAAGCAGUUCGCAAAAAAGCUUAUUUUCCUUUAUUAAACGAUGAGAGAUAAGGUUAAAGGAAGUAUAAUUUUAUGUUUACAUUUUUCUACCUGAACAAGUGCGCGGUCGACAGGUAAUCGUGUAUGUUCGUGAACUUUUGUGUGCCUUACUCACACUUUAAUUACAGAAGGAUUUGAAAUAUGUAAGGGUUAACUAGUUCGAAAAUUAUUUGUGAAGGACGACCAAAGCAUUUGGUAUAUAAAGAGAAAAGAUUAUUUUAUUUAUUUUUAUAUCUAUUACAGGACACAGUAACGAUCUCAAAUACUCCAAAUUUUUGUAAUUUGUAUUUAAUUUGUCCAAAAUGUAUUUUGCAUAAGGUGUCCAAACAAAUAGGUAUAUGUUUAAUGCCCAUUUACAACUCGCACUCACGGAUAUUUUACUUGGUCACUGGGAAAAACGCAAUUUCAAGUGAAAUCAUUUAAACCAAAGCAUAUCUGGUCACGACACUAUAUGUAUUUAUACGCAAUGAAGGCAGAGUGUAUAACUUUAUUCACAAAAUUCUAAUUUACAAAUGUAGAUAGAGUCUAUGGUGCCAAUU